CGGAAUGAAGCACAACAGCAGUAACAAUAAAGCAGCCACAGCCAAGUGAAUUUGGUUGGUUGACUAUUCUUCUUUUUUACAACCAUCUCAUAAGCAGCAAAAGCAAGUUUAAAUACAUACGAAAAACAAAAUUAACAAAAAAAAAAAUUGAAAGUAUUUUUGGGAAUAUCUAGCAGAGCAUUGUAAUUAAUAAGUCAAGUCUGCAGUCCGCAUCUAGUAACGAAAAGUCAUAAAAUUGUUGUAAAAUAAUACUGACAGCCUACAGUCAAGCUGAGUAUUAGCUAAGUCACACAAAUAAAAAAGCUUAUCAAAAUCUAGUGAAUCAUCAUCGUCAUCAUCAUCAUCAUCAUUAUGCUGCUAAGCGGAUAAAAUCAGAAAAAAAAUCCCCACACUCAACCGAAUUUGUAGGAAGUAACGAAAAAUUGGUAGUUUUUAAGGCAAACGAAGAAGUUUAUACGACAAAAUUUGGUGCAAAAAUGGGUCACUUGAUGUCCAGUGCAGAAAUAUAAUGAAUACGAGUUUAGUUGUAGUUUUUUGUGUACGUGUUUCUCACGUGUCAGUGUGUCUAAAAUAACUGAAGUCUCUUGAGAAGAAUAUUAAAAUAAGUUAAUCGUGUUCAUGUUUGAAGUUCUACCGUAAUCGUAACUCCAGAAACGAUCCCCCGUGUGUAUUGUUGUUUGUUUGUUUGAGCAAAAAAGGGAAGCAGAAUUAGAACCAACUCGCAAUCAAAUGGCUACAGAGUAGUGACCCCGCGCGCGUCUGUGCGAGUGUGUGUGUGUGUGUUUGUAGGUGCUUGGAAGUCAGUGGACUGCAAAUAUAGGUCAUUGCAAUAUAGAAGAAAAAAUCGUUGCAAUCCGGAUUCGCCAUGGAUUUGGGUAGUGAAGUUUUCACCAUGGGCCUGGCCCUGAAGCUCCAGAAGAUGCCCCCGGGAGCAACCCUGGACUUUGGCGAGUUCCGAAGGGAAAACUCGAAUGCGGCCGCUUUUACCAGUGACUUGGAUAACUACCAGACCCAGGAAACAGCGAUGAAUGACACCGGGCCGUACGAGGAGUACGAACUUUUCUAUCGACACUCGUCCACAAUGACAGCAGUGUACUGUGUUGCAUACUUUGUAGUGUUUAUCGUGGGACUGGUUGGGAACAGUUUCGUCAUUGCUGUUGUUUUCCGAGCACCGCGAAUGCGUACCGUGACUAACUUUUUCAUCGUGAACCUGGCCGUGGCUGAUGUGCUUGUGAUAGUGUUUUGUUUGCCGGCAACACUGAUGAGCAACAUCUUUGUGCCGUGGAUGCUCGGCUGGUUGAUGUGCAAAACCGUACCUUACAUCCAGGGAGUCUCGGUGGCGGCGUCUGUCUACAGCCUGAUAGCGGUAUCGCUGGAUAGAUUCCUCGCCAUCUGGUGGCCACUGAAGCUGCAGAUCACAAAACGACGAGCUCGUUUCAUGAUCGUGUGCAUCUGGAUAAUCGCGCUCACCUCGACCAUUCCGUGGGCGUUGUUCUUCGAGUUGGUACCCAUCUUUCCGGAGGCACCGGAAAUUCAACUGUGCGUCGAAGUUUGGCCGCCGGGAACCGACGGUGCCCUGUACUUUCUGCUAGCGAACCUAGUGGCAUGCUAUCUGCUGCCGAUGACAUUGAUUACCAUUUGUUAUAUACUGAUCUGGAUCAAAGUCUGGAGACGAUCCAUCCCCGGGGACUCCAAGGAUGCUCAGAUGGAUCGGAUGCAGCAAAAGUCUAAGAUCAAAGUUGUUAAGAUGCUUGUUGUAGUUGUUAUUCUAUUUGUAUUAUCCUGGCUGCCACUGUACGUGAUUUUUGCUCGGAUCAAAUUGGGCGGCGCUUUGGAGAGCAGCGAAGAGGAGCUACUGCAGAUUGCGACUCCAAUCGCACAGUGGCUAGGUGCGUCCAACUCGUGCAUCAAUCCGAUCCUGUAUGCGUUCUUCAACAAAAAGUAUCGAAAGGGAUUCGCCGCCAUCAUUCGAUCGAGAAAAUGUUGCGGCCGAUUGAGAUACUACGAAACAGUGGCCAUCGCCUCGUCCUCGACCAGCACCAGGAAAUCGUCGCACUACCACAACAGCACCAAACGUCCACCGUACAGUCCGUCGAUCAAGUCUACGGAUGCCGUUUCGUACAUCUACGAAGAAAAGGGCGGACGGAAGCACAACGCGAUCUCGAAACAGGACAGCAACCUUUCGCGGCACAUGCUGCUCAAGCAGGACAGUAGCAUCUCGCGCCAAACACUGCUGAAACAGGAUAGCAUCGCCUCCCGAUCCGCAAUACUGUAUCGACAAGAUAGCGACAAUUCCCGACAGAUGCUCUUGAAGCAGGACAGUAACGGUUCGCGGGACUUACUUUCCAAGCAGAACUCGGCCUCGGACUCGAUCUCCCGCCAGGACAGUCAGAUUUCGUACAUUGAACCGCGCAAAGGCAUCCUGUGCAAACAGGACACGCAAAUAUCGUACAUAGAAAAUACGAGUGCCAACAAAAAGUACUCAUCCUCGCUGUCUAGCCAGGACAGUGUCCUUUCGAUCAUUGAACACAAAAGACACAAACUCGUAAAACAAGACUCUAUUUUCUCAUUCAAUGAGCCCAACAAGUCAGUGUACGAGAGUUCGGCGGCCGCACCCCCAAACAAACGGCACCAGCUGGUCAAACAGCAUUCCGUAAUCUCGUUCGCCGACCAGAAGCGUGGUGGCAGUCUGACAAAGCAGGACUCCGUCACAACGAUGCACCGAAGCAACGGCAACGGCGAGGGCCCGUACAUAUCGUCGAUCCUGAAAAAAACCGACUCACAGUGCAGUUCGGCUUCUCCGAUAAGGAAAAAUAUUGGAUUUUUCGAAGGAUAGGUUUUACUAAGCUUGGCCGACCUUCAUCCUGGGUCGUUUUGAGAGGACACCGGAUCCGGCUGCCUAGCUACCGUAGAAGAAGAACCCUAAAAAACAACGCUCAUUUUAGUUGUGUGUGAAAACAAAAACCAAACACGACGAAGGAUACAUCUCAAUGUUCCUGUGGAAACCCGCAAAAAAAAACCACGCUUCGUUGCGCUUCGUAGCUACCGACAGGUUCAGGCAUUCUCAUCCAACCUCAUCAUACGGAAAGCGAGCAAUGUUGCUUUCAAGCGGAUAUUGUCCUGCUAAAAAUAUAUCAUCCCAUCCUACAGUUGAUAAAAAAAACUCCCACCGCUCACCGCACCGGCGCGCACUUGUUCAUUUGACAACCCAACCCUAUCAUUCUCAUGCCGAUUGGAUCUCAGUUCCCAACAACUGAUCCCCUUUCUACACACAAAAACUUUCACCAUCACCCAAGAAACGGAUACAAGACAUCUCAGCAAGCGAAGCAGAAAUGCCACUUUACCCACUAGCAGGUGCAAGAGCAGAAGAAACAACCGUCGAAUGCAAUUUGGAGCGUUUUUGUGAGCGCCCAUGCAGCACGAUUCGAUCGCACAGACGGAAGAGUUUACUCUCCGGUCGGUGUAGGAAUAAGUAUAUGUCAGUCAAUAUCGAAUUGAUUUGUGUUUUGAGUGUGAAACUAUUUCUGAAGAUAACAAACAAACAUCAGCAGAUCCGUACAGGACACGGCACAUAUACCUAAAUAACCUAUCGAGCAGAGAAAACACAAACCGUAUAGUAAUAACAAAACACAUACAUCGUUAGGACAGAGUAUGAAUGAAAAUGAACCGAUCAUCGGUAUUAGCAAGUUGAUAACAAAUUUCCAAAGCUAGUGAGAAUGAGCUUUUCUAUAAUGCUAAGGUAACAUAAGCUUUACAAGAUAUGACGGAACGUAGGAUCAAGUUUCGAUGAAAGUCGUAAUAUUCAGUUCUUUACUACUGAGGUUUCCACUGAACGGGCGGAAAUUCUUUUUACGGAACUUUUUGGUGUUCAUUCGUUUUUUUUAUGUUUAUUGUUGUUACUUUAAAUGUAGCUAAGUUAGACCGAGGGGAAGGGCGUCAACAUUAAAAAAACUAUAGUACCUUUAAUAUUAUUUUAUUAUUUACACAAGAUUAAAAAGACUGUUUAUAAAUUUAAAAUAAUCAAUUGAAGAGUCUAGUCAGCAUGUGUUUACUACGGCAAAGCAUGAAGCACGGAAAGAAAUCCGUUACUGCUGUCAUGAUUUAAAAAUCAUGAACCAAAGAUAACAAAUAUACAGGAUCGUGUUAAAUUUUCUUUCAAAACAUUCCACUACGUUCCGGAACGAUAACAAAAUCCUCCUGCCUGUUAUUGAAAUACAACUACAACAACACAACAAUUUUAACACUUAUCAAACGAUUUCCAUAAGUGGUAAAGACAACUUUUUUUCCGUGUUGCAUAAAUCACACGAGAAUUCGAUCGGAAUAAAACAAAAACAAACUUUAAGGGCUGAGGCCAGUGUGUUUUAGGGCCUUUUAGAGGGCAAUUUUCACGCUUCACUUCUGAUUUUCUCAGAAAUGGUGACGAAUAUCAAAAACCCAACUGACAAUCUCUUAGAAAAUUAGUUAUAUUAUUCUGUGAGAAUUUCAGAAUGAUUCAUUGACAUUAGCGGUCGAAAAAGUCUUUAUUCUGAAGGAAGAAUUGCAUAGCUGAAAACGCCGUCUUUCAGCUUGUUCAUUGAAUAUCUCGCCUUCAAAAGCAUGGAUCAAAAAUCUAUCCUGACAAUGUCUAUAUAAUUUAAUUUAGAUGUGCAUAAAAACAUAUAUGUUGUCGCGAUAAAAAUGAAGUGAUUAUUAUUUUUGUGAAGGUAAGUCGAUUUCUAUAGACGCGCCAUUUUUUCUACUCUUGUUUCCUGGUAACGUAACAAAACAUGAGAGAGAAAUAAAAUCGGCUUAUAAAGGCUGCCAAACACGCGGUAGCUGUAUUGGAUUUUAUGUGAUGUAAUCAAACUUUUAACCGAAAAUAGUAGGUCGCGUUAAACCACGUGGCUCACUGUGCGUAUUACAUUUCUUUCCAUGCUCUCUCGAAAAUGUGCAAAAUGACUCUCGAUGUGGCCGGGUGGCCAAGAAAGUUUUGAUAUUUUCGGUUACAAGUUUGCAUAAAACGUGUCUGCAUCCAAUAAAGCUACCGCUUGUUUGGCAGCCUUGAUGAGCCGAUUUUAUUUCCCUCUCAUGUUUCGUUACGUUACCAGGAAACUGGAAUGGCGCUUGCGUAGAAAUCGGUUUACCUUCACAAAAAUAACAUUCACUUCAUUUUUAUCGCGAAAACACCUAUGUUUUUAUGCACAAAUCGCAUCUAAAUUAAAUUAUCUAGACAUUAUCGGGAUAGAUUUUUGAUUCAUGCUUUUGAGGGCGAGAUAUUCAAUGAACACGUUGAAAGAUGGCGUUUUCAGCUAUGAUAUUCUUCCUUCAGAAAGUCAAUGAAUCAUUCUGAAAUUUUCAUAGAAUAAUCUAAACUAAUUUUCUAAGAGAUUGUCAGUUGGGUUUUUUUAUAUCCUUCGCCGUUUCUGAGAAAAUCAGAUUUGAAGCGUGAAAAUAGCCGACUGAAUCACCCUAAAACACACUGGCCUCAGCCCUUAACUUUCAUUUUAACCAACAGCAAAACACAAAUCUAGCGUGAAGUGAAUGUUGCACUCAAAAUUUUGUCUCAUGUGAAAGCAGCACCCAUAUCGUGGUGGCACCUCGUGUCGGUCGUGGUGACAUCUGCAAGUGUUCGCCAUGCAGAUUAGGCAAAUUUUACACACAGUUCAUAUGUGAGUCUGUUUUCUAUGGUGA